CGGUACGGAAAGUUGAUUGUUGGAUACUAGGGGGUUUGGCAAUUCAAAAUGACUGAAAUCAAAAACCUCUGCUGUCUUCUCUACGGGCCUGGGAAGGCACGAUUUGAGAACCGUGAGGUUCCUCCGCUCGAUGAUCCCCACGACAUUCUCGUUCGCAUUGCAUACGUGGGUGUUUGCGGCAGCGAUGCUCAUUUCUGGACCCAUGGCGGUGUGAUGCGCAUGGUAUCUGACGAAAAACCACUCGUCAUGGGCCACGAAGCGUCUGGAAUCGUCCACUCCAUCGGACCAGCAGUAACAAGCGUCGUCCCCGGGGAUCGAGUCACCAUCGAACCCGGCUUUUCCUGCCGAAGGUGUAAGCAGUGCAAAGUGGGGAAGUAUAACCUCUGCGCAGACAUGAAGUUUGCAGCCGAUCCUCCCGAUAACCACGGCACGCUGGCUCGCGUGUUCCGCACCCCUGAAGACUUUGUGUACAAGAUCCCAGACUCCGUGUCCCUGGAAGAGGGUGUUCUCGUGGAACCGUUGAGUGUUGCGGUCCACGGUGCUCGGCUUGCUGGUCUUUCCGCUGGGCAGACUGUACUUGUGCAGGGAUCGGGGACCAUUGGCCUUCUUGCCGCUGCGACGGCGAAGGCAUUCGGUGCGAAGGAGGUUUUUCUGUCGGACAUUAACCAGGUCAAGCUUGAUUUUGCGAGGGGUUUCGUUGGUUGUAAGACAUUCAUGCCGGAUCUCAAGUCUACGCCUGACCGGGAAGCUGCGAGGAUGAAGGAGGAGUUGGGUCUUGGAGAGGGAGUGGAUGUCGUUCUAGAGUGCACAGGAGUUGAAUCAUCGGUCCAGACGGGUAUCUAUGCAUCCGGACCGGAUGGCGUGGUUGUUCAGAUUGGACUUGGGAAGCCAGAUCUGACUCUUCCGAUUUUGCACAUGUGUGAGAAAGAGACGGUUUUUAAAACGGCGUGGCGAUAUGCUCCGGGAGAUUAUGAGAUCGCUCUUUCUUUACUCAGCUCUGGCAGGAUCUCGGUGAAGGCCUUGAUUAGCACCAUUGUUCCCUUCGAAAAGGCGCCGGAGGCUUGGGAGAUGACGAAGAAUGGGCAGGGUAUCAAAAAUCUUAUCCGAGGAGUUCAGGAUGAUUAA